AUGCGUUCUUCAUCCCUCUUUGUUGCUCUCUCGGCUGUUGCUGGUGCUCUUGCCAACUUCGGCGAGAUUCCAGCCAAUGUUCCCAGGAACGUCGAUCAGUUCCGUGAGAAGCACCCUUACAAACCGUCAAAGGGUUGCGAUGACAAGCGACCAAUUGUCACCAUCCGGAACUCCAAGAACGAUACGGAUGAUGUUGCCGACGAGUUCUACGCCGGACUUAAAAAGGCCAACCAUGGCGGUACUUUGUACCUCCAGAAAGACAAACUCUACAUCAUCGGCAAGCCUCUCGACCUGACGUUCCUCGAUGAUGUACAGGUCCACUGGGAUGGUGAGGUCAAAUUCACCAACGACACUCCCUACUGGCAAGCAAAUGCCUUCAGCCACCCCUUCCAGAACUCGCUCAUGUUUUGGAAGUGGGGUGGCAAGGAUAUCAAAAUUUACGGUGAUGGUAUCCUGAAUGGCAACGGACAGCGAUGGUGGAACGAAUUCGCCGGACUCGAGAUCCUGGACCCCGACAACGAAUACCUUCGUCCAAUUCUAUUCUACGCCGAGAACGCUACCAACUUCGCCAUGGAAGGUAUUCAUGAGAAAGACUCGCCUUGCUGGACCAACUUCAUUGUCACUUCCAAGGGCGUCUCUUUCGAAAACAUCAUUGUGACUGCCGAGUCGAACAAUGCUUCCGCUCUGCCCAAGAACACCGACUUCUUCGAUUCUUUGAACGUUGUGGACCUUACUGUCAAGCAAGUCUGGGUCAACAUUGGCGACGACUGCUUCUCGCCAAAGUCCAACGCCACCAACAUUCACGUCGACACUAUGUACUGUAACGGUACUCACGGUCAGUCCAUGGGCUCCGUUGGCCAGUACAAGGGCGAGUACAGCUACAUUCAGGACGUCGUUAUCGAGAACGUUUGGCUUCUAAACGGCCAGCACGGCGCUCGCAUCAAGACCUGGGCCGGUGCUGAUGUUGGCUACGGUUUCGUCGAUAACGUCACAUUCAGGAACUUCUGGCAGGCUGCCAACGAGUACUCUGCUUUCCUCGACUCGUGCUACUUCAACGUUAACGCCUCUACCUGUGCAGCCUACCCAUCGCAGAUGAACAUCAGCAACAUUCUCUUCGAGAACUUCUCUGGCUACACCUCAGGAAAAUACGGCAAGGCCGUCGCUAGAUUAACUUGCUCGACCAACCCCAACGCUGUCUGCGAAAACAUCAAGUUCAAGAAUUUUAACAUCACCUCCCCCUGUGGUGAUGCUGUCAUUAUUUGCGAUGGUAUCAAGGGUGGCCUCGGCGAUGACUACCCCUGCAUCCCUUCCAACACUACCGAAGCCACUGCUGCCCUUAAGGCUACGUGCUCUGUGCCUCAGGCUACCAGCACUAUUCAGCCGUGGUAG